AUGCGACUGAUCCUCUCUGUUGUGACAAGCCUUGUCGCUUGCGCAGUGGCCAAGCCCGUAUCUGUUGGAACAGACGAUCCCAUAGAACACGAUUCUUCGCAUCAUCAUGUCGCCCGCUCCGGUAUUUCAGGACUGCUGUCAACUGCAUCCAAGAACCUAACCUCAUCAAACCCAUACCUCUCUCAACAAGCGGCAUCAAUAAACUCCAAAGUCGAGAGCUUACUAUCAUUUUCCAAUAACGAGUCCACUAAAUCAAGCUCGACUGAAUCAGCCGCAGACAUUAUUUCAGCUAUCUUCAGCACCCGUCCUGCAGACCUGACCAUCUCGGUUGACCUCCUGCUAUCAACAGGCUUGCUAACCGGCGAGAUUCUCAACUUACUCAAUGGCUUCACUGAUUCCACACUAAAUUCCAUCUCGAACAACAAUGCCCUAGACCCCGAGACAACAAUAUACCCCUCGAAAUCAACGGAUGAUGCCCCUUACUCCGUCGACGAACACACGCUUCGAUCCGCAAUCUACAUCCCCGACUCAUUCUCAUACGGUGCAAACGGCAAAAUCCCCAUUCUUCUAGUACCGGGAACAUUUAUCCCUGCCGGCGUCACGUAUUAUUUCAGCUUCAGCAAGUUAGGUGAUCGCGCAAACGUCGACCCCGUCUGGGUAAACGUACCCGGCGACUCACUAGGCGAUGCGCAAAUCAACGCCGAAUUCGUCGCGUACGCAAUUAAUUACAUAUCCGGAAUAUCGUCCUCAUCCAAGAUAGGUGUCAUUUCCUGGUCCCAGGGCGGCCUCGACACACAAUGGGCUCUUAAAUACUGGCCAUCAACCCGCUCCGUCGUUCAGGACUUUAUCCCCAUCAGUCCGGAUUUCCAUGGUACUGAUUUGGCGUACUUCAUAUGUCCUGGGUUCCCAUUAUUGACGUGUACGCCCUCUGUUGUGCAGCAGGAGUACACGUCUAGUUUUGUGGCUACGCUGCGCGCUGAGGAUGGGGAUUCGGCGUUUGUGCCUACGACGGUGUUGUAUUCGAGUUUUGAUGAGAUCGUGGAGCCUCAGGGUGGGAUGUCGGCAUCGGCGUAUAUGCUUGACGUGCGUGAUGUGGGCGUUACGAAUGCGUGGACGCAGGAGGUUUGUGCCGGCCAAGUUGCGGGGGGUGUAUAUACCCAUGAAGGGAUGCUAUAUAACCCAUUGUCAUGGGCAUUAGCUAUCGAUGCGCUGACACAUGAUGGUCCCGGUGAUAUUUCGCGGCUAGACUUGGAUACUGUGUGCUCGACGUAUUUGGCAGAGGGGUUGUUGUUGGAUGAUCUAUUGGGGACUGAAGGGCUUCUAUUGCUUGCGUUAGUGAACUUGUUGGGAUAUGAGAGUUGGACGGCUGUUGAGCCGCCUAUUAUGGCUUACGCUUGA